UGGAGCUCACUAUAUUCCUUGCGGGCAUGUAGAAGAGAUGGAGUGGAACUUUCAGUUUCGGUAUCUUAUAAAUAAUAACUGUUAUUUCUCAUGCCGCUGCAUACGUUUUAUAAUAUGAUGAACAUGGUGUACCAGAACGUAUAACUAUAUCACAUAUUAGAUCACGACUUGUUUCAAACGAAAUUUGACAGAUUGAAACCACGUGAAAAUCUUGCCUCUUUUCAUACAUAGCGGGAAAAUGGAGUUUGGUCAACGGGGUAGAAGAGGAUGGGGAAGGCGGGGAGGGGGAGGGGGGUUCAGACGGGACGGCGGGUUUGAUGACAAGGACAGGUCAGAUUCUUCCAACUGGCGUUCUCAGAAUUCUGAGCAACAAGAGUCAAGCUUCGAGAAUGAAACAACUAAAAUGUAUGUGGAGGAAAGUUGCGUUGGAAGAAUCAUUGGGAGAGGUGGAUCGAAAAUACGAGAGUUGCAAGAUUCAAGUGGAGCAAACAUCAAGGUGAACAGAAAUGUGACUGAAGAUGGGCAGGUACUUGUCGUCCUAACUGGCAGUGAUGAAGCUCGCACACAGGCAGAGGACAUGAUCAAGGAACUCACAGAAUCAUUUAAUGGUUUGUCUGCUGGCAACAACCGAGGGGGCAGAGGACGCUCAGGCAGGGGGCGCAGCGAGGACAGUUGGGGGUCUUCGGCAGAAAAUGGAGACAAGGUGUGGGGCUCAAGCUCAGAAAAGACAGAAAUGUAUGUGGACCAGAGCUGUGUAGGAAGAAUUAUUGGUAAAGGUGGAUCCAAAAUACGAGAGCUUCAAGAUGAAAGUGGAGCAGGCAUCAAAGUGACGAGAAAUGAGACAGAAGAUGGGAAGGUUAUCGUGAUCCUGACUGGCAGUGACCAGGCUCGAACACAAGCUGAAGACAUGAUAAAGGAACUCACAGAAUCAUUUAAUGACUCCUCAAGCUACGGAGGAGGUGGUGGCGGUAGAUCAUCGGGCUGGGGAAGCACAGAUGACAAUGCAGGCAACGGAGAGCCAGCCGAGAAACCCAAAAUCAACUGGGGAAUCAUUCGAGCUGCUAAAGAGGCUAAUGAAGCAAAGAAAUUUGAAGGUCUGCCACCUUUGGAGAAGAAUUUUUACUUUGAAGAUCCUGAUGUGGCUAACAUGCAUCCAGGAGAAGUAAAGGAAAUCAGGAAGAAGAACAACAACAUAAUUGUUGAAGGCGGGGACAAACGUGUGGCAAAUCCUGUGAGGACCUUUGAAGAAGCCUUCCAGCAUUAUCCUCAGAUUCUAGAACAGAUCUAUAAUCAGAAGUUUGUUGAGCCAUCACCAAUACAGAAACAAGCAUGGCCCAUUCUGUUACAAGGACAAGACCUUAUUGGAAUAGCACAGACAGGUACCGGAAAAACCUUGGCUUUUCUCCUCCCAGCUUUAAUCCACAUUGACAACCAGCCUGUCCCAAGGGAGCAGCGUGGUGGUCCCAAUGUGUUAGUGUUGUCUCCGACCCGAGAACUGGCCCAGCAGAUUGAGGUGGAGGUGAAGAAAAUCAACUACAGGGGCAUACGCAGCGUGGUCGUGUAUGGUGGCGGGAACCGGAGAAAUCAGAUCAGUGUGGUCGCGAAAGGUGUGGAGAUCAUAGUAGCCACACCAGGCCGACUCAACGAUCUCAUCAUGAAUGGCAUCGUAGAUGUGAAGUCUGUCACAUAUCUGGUUCUGGAUGAAGCAGACAGAAUGCUGGACAUGGGAUUUGAACCUGAGAUCCGAAAGAUUUUGUUGGACAUCAGACGAGACCGACAGACUGUAAUGACAAGCGCCACCUGGCCACAAGAAGUUCAGCGGCUAGCAGACAUGUACAUGUCCAGCCCCAUCAACAUCUUUGUCGGGACACUUGAUCUGGCUGCUUGCCACAGUGUUACACAGCUGGUGGAAGUGUUGGAUGAUGAGGAGAAAAAGCCUCGGUUGUUUGACUUCCUCCAGUAUGAGCUUCAGCCCAUGGACAAAGUCAUAGUGUUUGUAGGGAAGAAAGUCUUAGCUGAUGACCUGUCCAGUGACUUGGCUAUGGAGGCUGUGGAGUGUCAGUGUAUCCAUGGAGACAGGGAGCAGUGUGACCGCGAAGCUGCUCUGAGUGACUUCAAGUCCGGAGCCGUCCGCAUUCUUAUUGCUACCGAUGUCGCUUCAAGGGGCCUUGACGUGAAGGACAUCACGCAUGUUUUGAACUAUGACUUCCCAAGGAACAUUGAAGAAUAUGUACAUAGGAUCGGCAGAACGGGCAGAGCAGGGAAUACAGGUACAUCAAUUACAUUCGUCACAAGGGGAGAUUGGCGUCAGGCACAGAAACUCAUUGACAUCAUGGCAGAAGCUGACCAGGAAAUCCCUGACAACCUGAUAAAAAUGGCAGAAAGAUAUCAGGCCCACCGAGAGCGCAUGGCUCAGGAAGGCGGAGGAUUCGGAGGCAGGGGAGGACGUGGUGGACGGGGACGAGGAGGAGGAGGGGGUUUUGGUGGGGGUAGAAGAGGAGGAGGAUUUGGUGGAGGGGGAGACGAUGAUGGGUUCAUCAGUGGGGGGUUUGGUAGAGGGGCUUUCCGAGGUGGGGGGUGGCAGGGGUCGACGUGA